AUGCAAAAUAAAAGUGAAUUCAACAGUACAAAUAGUAAAGAAUUUUAUCAAGAUGAAUAUGACAAUGUUCCAUGUCAUAGAAAUGAAUACAUUAAUAAUCAACAUAAAAAUGUAGAUUAUACAAAUAAUAAUUAUGUUCAUGAAAUGUCUUUGAUAAAUAACACAGAAAAUCUACAAAAUAGUAAUAACUCUAAUUUAAUAAGUGUUAAAAAUGAAUUAACACAAAUAUAUAAUAAUUUUCCAUUCACUUAUGAAGAUGUAGAUAUUACUUGUAAAGAAAAAAAAAAUGAUCAAAUUAAAAUGUACGAAAAGGAAAAUGUCAAUAUAUAUAACGAACAAAAUGAACAAAAUGAACAAAAUGAUCAAAAUGAUCAAAAUGAACAAAAUGAACAAUAUGAACAAAAUGAACAAAAUGAACAAAAUGAACAAUAUGAACAAAAUGAACAAAGUGAACAAAAUAAUCCUUUUUUUCUAGGUUCUUAUAAAAAAGAAAAUGACAUAAUACCAUGUGAUAAUAAUAUAAUACCAUGUAAUAACGAAUCUUAUAAUUUACAUAUAAAUAAAAGAAGUACAAAUGAACCUCUUCCAAAAGAUGAGUACUUAUAUAAUGAUAAAAAUUAUGAAAUAAGUAAUAAGAACAACAACAACAACAAUAAUAAUAAUAAUAAUAAUAAUAAUAACAAUAAUUAUAGUAAUAAUAAUUAUAGUAAUAAUAAUUUUAGUAAUAAUUUAUAUGUAAAUAAGCAUGACAUGGUGAAUUAUUAUAUGAAAGAUAACAAUGAAAAACUAUUAAAUCCCUCAAACUUUAAUAAUAUAUAUCAUCAUAAUGAAUAUCCUGAUAAUAAUAAUAAUUGUAAUGUAAAUUCAUUUCUCAAGAAUAAUGUAGGGGAAAAUAAUAAGUAUAAUAAUUAUAUUGUACAUGAUAAUAUGUUUGAUAAUAUAAAUAAUGUUAAUUGUGUAAAUAAUAACAUACAUUCAGAGUCAUAUAAUAAACCAACCAUUUACAAAAAUGUUAUGAAUUAUCAUAAUAAAAACAAUUAUGAUAUGGUAACAUAUAGUAAUAAUAAUUGUAAUAUAUCUAAUAACAAUUAUGAAGAUAUUAUAUCUCCAUAUAAUACGUACAAUGACGCAAAUUGUAAAUUUCAAAACUUUAAUAAUUAUAAUAUGCCAAUGCAUGAUAAUUAUUCAAUAAAAAAAUUAUAUCAUAAUAAUAAUUUUUAUUAUAAUAAUAAUAUUAAUAAUAACCAUUAUCAAAAUAAUUAUCAUCAUAAUAAUAUUUAUAAUAAUAUAGAUACUGCACAAAAUAUAAAUAUACCUUUUCUUAAUAAUUAUAAUGAAAAUAUAAAUACAGGAUUAUAUAAUAAUAUGAUAAACAAUAAUAUGAACACACAAUACAAUGCAACCCCUAUGCUGAAUCAAAUGUUUUUAAAUUAUAAUAAUGAUGAACAUGUAAAAAAUAUACAUAAUGAGAAUAAUUUAUCAAGUUAUAAAAAUAUACCCAUUGUACAAAACAAUACAUUUAUUAAUAAUGAAGAAUCUCAUUUUAUAGAGGAUAAAAAAUUGUAUUAUAAUAAUAUGAUAGAUUCUAAUAAUAUGGACAUAUUAAAUUAUAAACAUCCUAUUUAUAAUAAUAUGAAUAAUUCUGUUCAAAGAAAAGAAAAAAAUGUAAAAACAAUUCCAUCAUAUAUGAAUAAUUUAUCUGAUCAACAUAUUAGUGACAAGGAUAAUAUUGUGUGGAAGCAGACAUAUAAUAAUAUAAACAUUGUAGGUGAUAAAAAAGAAAAUAUAGAUGAAAUAUAUGAUAUGAAUAUUAAUAUAUCUGCAUUAAAUAAAGAAAAAUCUAAUAUCAAUUUGGAAAAAUAUAAAACGGAUUGUUAUAAUAGCAAUAUGAUGGGACCUAUUAAUAUGGAUAAUAAAAUGAAUGGAGAAAAUAUAAUGAGUGGUGAUAAUAAAAUGAAUGGAGGAAAUAUAAUGAGUGGUGAUAAUAAAAUGAAUGGAGGAAAUAUAAUGAGUGGUGAUAAUAAAAUGAAUGGAGGAAAUAUAAUGAGUGGUGAUAAUAAAAUGAAUGGAGAAAAUAUAAUGAGUGGUGAUAAUAAAAUGAAUGGAGAAAAUAUAAUGAGUGGAGAAAAUAUAAUGAGUGGAGAAAAUAUAAUGAAUGGAGAAAAUAUAAUGAAUGGUGAUAAUAAAAUGAAUGGCGAAAAUAUAAUGAGUGAUGAUAAUAAUUAUAAUUCUCCUUGGGAUGUUAAUUUUCCAAAUUCGCUGUAUAAUAAUAAUUGCAUAAGUAAUAAAAGCAAAUAUACAAAUAGAAGUAACUCAUAUGAACUUAGUUUAUUUAAAGAUAAUAAAAAAAAUAACAUUAAUAGUAAUAGCAAUAGUAAUAACAAUAAUAAUAAUAAUAGUAAUAAUAAUAAAUAUGAUGAUAUGUUGAAUAAGAAGAUGUUAUAUAGUAUUUAUUUACAAUCAUUAUUAAAUAAUUUGAAUAAUGAAAUAUAUAAUGAUAAUGAGCAUGACGAUGAUAUUAGUACUUCUGUAUUUUAUAAAGAUUAUUUAAAAAGAAAUAAUAUAAAUAAUCAAUUAAUAUUAUAUAAUAAAAAAAGAAAUAUAUCGAAUAGAUUCUUUAAUAAUAUACCUAAUAUAAAUAAUUAUUUUUCUUAUUUGAAUUAUUAUAUUGAAUCAUUAAGAUUAUUAUAUAAUAAGCUUUUAAGAAAUCGAAAUUUGAUAUUGAUAUUAGCAAAAGAAAUAUUUUCAAAGAAUAAAAAACUUGAUAAAACAAAAAAAAAUAUAUAUACUUCAAAUAAUGAAAAAUAUUCAUAUAUAAGACAAUUGUUAUCAGUCCUAUUACCCCAACCACCUAUAUAUCCACCCUUCGAAAUAUGGUUUUUUAUGAGUAAGAAAUGUGCAUCACAAUUACAUAAACUUCAUUUAACAAUAUAUAUGGUAUAUCAAAAAAUAAUAUAUAAUUUUUCUAAUAUAUUGUUACAAAUAAACAAUGAUAUGAAUAUUACGAAACCAAAUAAAAUCCAGAAGGAUAUAAAUGAAAGUAAUGAUUAUUUAAAUUUAUAUGAUCAUAAUGAAAAUGAAAAAAAAAAUAUUAAAUAUGAUGAUAAACAUGAAGAAAGUUAUAAUCAAAGGUUAUAUAAUUUAAAAAAAACAAAUUUAGACACUAACCAAAAUGAUUCAAACUCACAAAUACAAUUAGAUAAACCUAUUAUUAGUAAUACAUUACCUACGACAGAUGAAAAAAUGAUCAUUUCAUUAAAUUCUCAUAAUAAUGAUGAUCGUAUUAUAAAUAAUAUGGAUACAAAUAUGUUGAUUCAAAUAAAUAAGAAACUUGAAUAUAUUAUCACAUCUAUUAAUAAUAUUAAUAAAAUAAUAAUGAACAAAAAAAACGUACAGAAUAUUUUACAAGGUCAUCAUAAUAUAAAUGAAAAAAUGUAUAAUAUGCAUCCUAUUAAUCCUAUACAAACAAGUAAUUUGCGGACCUUUGAAAGUAUUAGUGAUAAUAUAAUAUCAUGUGAUGAUGAAAAUAAUAUAAAUAUUAUUGAAGACGAAGAAAAUUUUAAAAAUACAAAAGAAAAUAAAAAUGAAACAACAAAUGAAAAAACAAAUGAAACAACAAAUGAAAAAACAAAUGAAACAACAAAUGAAACAACAAAUGAAAAAACAAAUGAAAAUACAAAUGAAACAACAAAUGAAACAACAAAUGAAAAUACAAACGAUAUAGAUUAUAUAAAUAUCGAUAAAGAAUUAAGUAACAAUAUUAGCACAAAUAAACAAAUACAUAUUAAUAACAAUCAAAUUAUAGCAUAUAAUAAUUUGGAAUAUAAUUCUUUGUUUAAUAAAUGGAAUAAUAUAAAAUCAGAUAUACAUAAUUAUAUUUAUGAAGAAAAUCCAUUCAAUAUAUUAGAUAAUAUAAAAUAUGAACUAAAAGAUGUAUACAACCAAAUGAUGAAUUUAAAAAAAACGGAUAACAUUUUAACUAUAAAUGAUAAAUUAUUACAUAAUCUUUUAAAAUUAGAUAAUUCAACUCAUCAAAUGGAUAUACCAAAUAUUUCAUAUGAUAAUAAAUGGAAAGGAAGCAGCAACAACCAUAAUAAUGACCUCAAUAAUAAUAAUAAUAAUUAUUAUCAUAAUUAUUAUCUUAAUAAUAAUAAUUUUAAUGAAAAUAAGAAUGUGUUAGAAGAAUUAUUAAGUAAUAAUAAUUGUUUUAAUCGAAUUAAUAAUCAAUUUAAAAAUAAAGAUAAUUUUAAAGAACCAAAUUUAAUGACUCAUAAUGAUAUUGCAGAUGAUAUAAGUAUAUGUUCGAAUGAAGAUGUAAAUGAUAUUAUAUAUAAUAUAAAUAGAACUGAUGACAUACUAAAAAGGUUAAUGUAUCUUUCUAAUAAUUAUUAUAAUAAUAUGAUAGAAUAUGAUAAUUAUAUAUUACAUUCAUAUCAACAUAAUGACCAUAUCUUAAAUGAAUUAAAUAAUAAUACGGUUACAUAUUACAACAAUAUCAAAAAAAAAAAAAACUUUAAUAAUCAAUUAUUACCAAGAACAAAAAGAAAUGAAGAUUUUAUAUUUAAUAAUAAUCAUAUUGUAACACCAAAUAAUAUAUAUAAUAAUAAUAAUAAUAAUAAUAAGUUAGCAGACUCGGAAAUUAUGGAAAACGUUAUGCAGACUUGUAAUCAAAAUAAUUAUCAAUUCAAUAGAACUGAAAGCAAUGAUAAUUUAAAAAAUAUUCCUCAAGAAAAUAAUUUUCUCUUACCUAAUAGUAAUAUGGAAAAAUUCGGUGAACUAAUAAAUGUAGAUAUGAACAAUAUUGAAAAUAAUAUAAAUAUGUUUAAUAAUAUGUAUAAUAAUGUGAAUAAUAAUAUAAAUGGUAAUAAUAUAAAUGGUAAUAAUAUAAAUGGUAAUAAUAUAAUUGGUAAUAAUAUAAAUGGUAAUAAUAUAAAUGGUAAUAAUAUAAAUGGUAAUAAUAUAAAUAAUAAUAAUAUCAAUAGUAAUAAUAUCAAUAGUAAUAAUAUCAAUAGUAAUAAUAUCAAUAGUAAUAAUAUCAAUAGUAAUAAUAUCAAUAGUAAUAAUAUCAAUAGUAAUAAUAUCAAUAGUAAUAAUAUCAAUAGUAAUAAUAUCAAUAGUAAUAAUAUCAAUAGUAAUAUUUAUAAUAAUAUGUAUAAUAUGAAUUAUAAAAAUAAUGUAAUAUCAUCUAAUAAUAAUUAUAUAAAUAAUAUAAACAAUGAACAACAUUCGAACCCUAUGAAUUAUAAUACAUAUGGUUAUGAUUUAUCAAAUAAUGUUAAUCAUUUAUUUUAUAAUAAUAAUAUUAUGGACGGAAGAUAUAAUAUAUCUAAUAAUAAUAUAAUUCAAAAUGAGAAUAUUAAAGGCAUUUAUCCUCAUAUUUAUAAAAGCAAUCAUAUGGUAAAUGUUGAAACAAAUAAUUUUGAUAUAUAUGAUAAUGUACCUAAUAAAUAUACUAGUAUGGAUAAUAAAGACUUUGUUGGAGAAUAUAUAAGUGAUAGAGAAGAACGUUAUUAUGAUAUAAAUAUAUUAAAUGAUGAAAAUAACAUAAAUAAAAAUAUUAUUAAUAACAAUAUUAAUGAUAUGAAUGUUUAUGAUAAUAAUAGUAUUCAUAGUAACAAUAAUAACAAUUUUGAUUAUAUUAAAAAUAUUGAUAAUAAUAAUAAUAAUAUUAAUGAUCGUGUAUUUGAUAGUAGAAAUUCAUAUGAAUGUUCUUUUCCCCUGUUAACGAAUGGACCAUAUUAUUAUGAAAAUGAAAAUAAUACUUCUUCAAAUAUAUUAUGUAAUCAAGAUGUAAAUUUAACAAAUAAUAAUUUUAUAAAUUAUGAAUCGAAUAUAUCAAAUAAUUAUAAUCAACUGAUAUCAGAUAAUAAUAAUGAAGGGAAUAUAAAUAUGAAUAAAAAUUUUAAUGUUUUUAAUAACAAUGUGUUGAUAAAUAAUUGUACUAUAAAUGAUAAUAAUGUGGAUAAUAAUAAAAUGAUUGAUAGUAACAUGAUUGAUGGUAACAUGAUUGAUAGUAACAUGAUUGAUAGUAACAUGAAUGGUAAUAAUAUGAAUGAAAAUAAUAUGAAUGAAAAUAAUAUUAUUGAAAAUAAUAUGAAUGGUAAUAAUAUUAUUGAAAAUAAUAUGAAUGGUAAUAAUAUUAUUGAAAAUAAUAUGAAUGGUAAUAAUAUUAUUGAAAAUAAUAUGAAUGGUAAUAAUAUUAUUGAUAAUAAUAUGAUUGAUAAUAACCUUAUUGAUAAUAAUAUGAUUGAUAAUAACCUUAUUGAUAAUAACCUUAUUGAUAAUAAUAUGAUUGAUAAUAAUAUGAUGGAUAAUAAUAUGUAUGACCAUAUUAAUAACUUCACGAUAAAUAGUCCAAUGAUAGAUAUGAAUUCCUUUGAAGAAGAUCCAAAGAAUUAUAACAUGAUACAUAUCAAUGAAACAGAUAUAAUAAAUUUAACAAAUGAGGACCUUAUAAAUAAUAGUGAGAAUUAUUAUAAACAUGAUAAUACAUCUUCUUAUCUAUUAAAUUAUCAAAACUGUAAAAAUUUUGAAUUAAAAAAUGUAUCAAAUGUAGAAAUAGAACAAACAAAUAUAAUGGAUAGUAAUAAUACGUAUAAUAAAAUAACAGAAGAAAAUGAAACGAAUAGUUCUCAUAUCUUAUUAGAAGAAAAAAUUAAUAAAACAAAUGAUAUGUGUAAAAAUGAUACUGAAAUAAAUGACCAUUCGUUAGCGAUUUUGUUAAAAAAAAAUCCAAGUGAAAAAAAAAAAAUAAUGAACAAUCAUCAUAACAAUAACAAAAAGAACAACAAGAAGAAAAAAAAGGAUGAUUUGCAUGAACAUAAUAAUAAAGAAAAAUUACAGAAUUGUCAUAAUGAAUAUUUAGAUAGUAAUGAUUAUAACUCAGAUAACAAUACUAAUAAAGAUAAUGUAUUUGUCAUAAAUAAUAUAAAAAAUACAAAUUGUAAUAUCAACCAAAAUAAUGAUAUCAUUUCAAAAAAUGUAGAUAAUAGUUCUAAGAACAAUGAUAUUUCCAAUGAAAAAGAUAAUAUAAAUAAAAUGAAAUUAAAGAAAAUGUUAGAAAUUACAAAUAAAUUAAUUGGAAAAAAAUAUAGAGGUAUAUGCUAUGACCCUACCAGAAAUGGAUGGUCAACUUUUGUGUAUAAAGAUGGAGUUAGAUAUAAAAAAUUUUUUUCUUCUUUUAAAUAUGGAAAUUUAUUAGCAAAAAAAAAAUGUAUUGAAUGGAGAUUAAAAAAUCUUAAUCCAAGUUCACAUGCCUAUUCAUUUUCUUUAAAAGCAAAAGAAGAAUUUAACGAGGUUUUAAAUGAUAAUUAUAAAGAUGUAGGUAUAUUAUAUGACAAUAAAAAAGAUAGUAAUAAUAAUAAUAAUAUUAAGAAUAAUGGUAAUCAAGAUGAUGAUGGGAAUAGAGACAUACUAUACGUAAAUGCUUUCUUGAAUAUAUAUAAUGAUGAAAACGUUAAGGAAAAAUGUUUUACGGAUGACAAUGAUAAUGUUAAGGAUAAUGAAAAAAACACAAAAGAAAUAAAAAUAAUUAAAAAUAAAAUCCCUCCCCCCAAAAAAAAAACAGUACAAAAUAUAAGAACUAAUGAGAAAUGUAAUGAAGAGAAAGAAAUAUAUUGUGGGGAUAAUACAAAUUUUAAUGUAACAAAUAAUCAUAAUAAUAAUAAUAAUAGUAAUGGUAAUAAUAGUAAUGGUAAUAAUAGUAAUGGUAAUAAUAGUAAUAUGCUGGAUGAAAGGCAACAUUCUUAUUAUAAUGAUACUAUAAAUGAAAAAAAAAAAAAAAUUAUAAAUAAAAAUACUAUUAAUAUUCUUCAUGAUGACAUAGAACAAACUUAUUCUAAAAAUAAUAACUUGUGUGAUAAUAAUUUAUCAAAUUUAUUAAAUGAAAAAAAAAAUAAUGCUCUAAAUACGGGAAAAAGAAAAAAUGACAGAGAGAAUUAUACGAACAACCAUAUGAAUACUGAUUCAUUUUUACGUAAUAAUUCUGGUGAUAACUUAAUGGACAAAAAUAAAAAUUGUAAGUUAUUUAGUAAUACAUUAGAAAAUGAUGAAACGUAUUCUUGUGAUACACAAAAUGUACCAGAUGAUGUAUUAAAAAAUAAUGAAUAUAAAAGAAAGAAAAUGUGUACAGUAUCAGAAGCAAAAAUAAUAAAAGAUACUAACGAUUUUGUUGAUAUGAUGUAUACCUUGGUGGAAAGAAAUAAUACAUUUGAUAACAAUUCUGAUUUGAAAAAAGAUCAAAUGGAUAAUAAAAAGGAACAGGAAGAUGUAGAAAAAGAUGUAAAAGAAAAUGAAAAGAAUGAUAUAAAAGAAUAUGAUGAACACAAAGAUGUACAUGUAGAUGUAGAGGAAGGAUUAAAAAAAACAACAAGGAACCAUUUAAUAAAUAUAAAUAAUUGUGAUACAUAUAAUCAUGAGAAUAAUAAUAAUCAGAAUUAUCUAAUUCAUAAUAGUACUAAUAACACAAAAACAAAAAAUAAAUCAUGUAUUGAUAAUAUUGACCUCACGUUGAAUAAUAUAAAUUGCGAAAUUCCUUUAAUAGAGGAUAAUUAUUUAUAUGAUAAAGAUAAAAUUAUGAAUGAUAUAAAUACAUACGAAAAUAUAGAAGAUAUAAAUGGUAAACACCAUAAUAGUUGUAAUUUUAUGAAUGUAGAUUACAAAAAAGACAAACAUGUUACUUCAUAUAAUGAUAAUUUAAAAAAUAAUGAAGAAGAUAUAUUUUUUAAUAAUAGUAAUAAAAAUAACUUUGUUUUACAUAAUAAUAAUAGUAAUAAAAUAAAAAAUGAUGAAAAUUAUUUUGCUUACAAAGAUAAAUUAUUAAAAUAUAUGAAUACAUGUAAAUAUACUAAUGAUGAAGAAAAACAUAUAUUUCUUCAGUUUCUAAAAAUAAAAACAGAAUGGGUACUAGUAGAAUUAAAUAACUUAGAAGAAAAAUAUCAUCAUUAUUUUAGAAAUAAAAUUGAAUCUUUUUAUAAAAAUUAUUUAUUAAAAGUAAAAAAUAAUAAAAAACAAAAUGAAAAUAUAAAAGAAUUAGAAAUAAUAUUUGAAAAUAAAUUAAAUACUCCAUGGAUGUGUAUGAUAUUUCCUUAUUAUUUUAUAUCCUAUUUUAAUUAUAAAAUUUUUUGUAUUUUAAAAUGUACAAAAAAAAAAAGAGUAAGAAAAAAUACAAAUUUAAUAAAAGAUAAAAUACUUACUUCAAAACUUAAAGGAGUAAAUUUUAUAAAAUAUAAAAAAGCAUGGUGUUUUACAUAUGUAGAUGUUGAUGAUAAAAAAAAAAAAAAAAUUUUCCCAGUAAAUGAUUAUGGUUUUGUUGAAUCCAAAGCUUUAUCUAUAUUAUUCAGAAAGAGUUUCUUUUUCCAUUUAAAUAAAAUACAUAACUUUUUAAAAAAUAUUCUUUAUAAUAAAAAUAAUAUAUCAAAUACUAUGAUAAAUCAAGGAAAUACUUAUAAUAAUAUAAAUGAAUAUAUUGAUCAUUAUAAAAAAUAUGAAGAAUUUCUAGUAUGCUAUGGCAAAAUUAUUUAUUUUAAUGAGAUGAAAAAUAUAUAUAUAUGUAGCGAAAAUAAACAGAACGCUUUAAAUUAUAUGCCAAAGGAAAUAAAACGUCAAAUAUGUAACAAAAUGUGUUCUCAUAAGGAAUAUAAUAUGGAUAAUAGUAUGGAUAAUAGUAUGGAUAACAAUAUAGAUAACAAUAUAGAUAACAAUAUAGAUAACAAUAUAGAUAACAAUAUAGAUAACAAUAUAGAUAACAAUAUAGAUAAUAAUUUAUGUAAAAAUUUAUGUAACAAAAUUGAUCCAAUAAACCUAUUAAUAACUACUAGAUAUUAUUUUUUUAAAAAAUCCAAAAUAAUGAAUUUUCCAAAAGGAUUGGUUUAUUUAUCUGGAUAUUUUUUAUGGCUAGUUGCAUUUUUAAAUAAUGAGAAGCAAGAAAUAAUUAUAUCCUUUUCUGUACGUAAAUAUUCAUAUGAUAUAGCUAAAGCGAAAUGUUUAGAAUGUUAUUAUUGUUUAUUACAUAAAUAUAAAUUCAAACCGCUUAAUAUAUCAGGUGUUAUAGAUAUUGUAUUAGAAAGUGAUAUCGAAUGUAAAAAUUAUAAUUUAUUAGAUUAUUCAUCUGAAGAUAUUAUGUCACUAGAAUAUCUGUUUCUAUAUUUUUCUCCUUCUUCAUAUGUUUUACAUAAUAAUACAUUAUAUAAAAAAAUUUCACGUAAGAAUCAAGAAUUACAUAAGCAAUAUGAUAAAUUAUUUCCAGGACAAUAUGUACAUUUGAAUACUUAUCAAACCUAUGAAAUAACAAAUAAUGAUUUAAUAGAUAAUAAUAUAAAAUGUGCAAACGCUGAAAUGGUGUCUAAUAUAUAUAAUGAUAAAUUAUAUCAAGAUGAUAAGAAUAAGUUUAUAUCUCCUAGAAAUGAACAAAACAUAUUGGGUACUAUGAUAUAUAAUAAUCAAGAGGAGUACCAUGAUGUAAAUAUGGAUCAAAUCAAUAAAAAUAAGGAGGAACCUAUAACAAAUAUAACAAAAAAUAUAUCAAAUGAUUUAUCUCCUUUAAUAUAUGACCAUCAAAAUAUUACAUAUAAGAAAAAUGACAAGAAAAGUAUUCCCUUAUGUUUUUCAGAUGAUGAAGAAGCCAAAGAAAUUAAUGAUAAGAUAAAAAAGAAAAAAGAUAUCAAUUUAAAUUGUAUGAGUAAUUUACACAAUGAAAUUAGUAAAAAAAGUGCCAACAUAAAUAUUACAAAUCAUAAUAUAAAUGUGCAGAUGAAUGAUUCGAUGAAUGGACACUUGGUGGACGAAAAAAUACAUAUGGAUAAUAAAAAUAAUACUAACAAAAUUGAUAAUAAUAUAAAUAAUAUACAUAAUAUAAAUAAUAUACAUAAUAAUAAUAAUAGUUGUAGUUCUUGUUGUUUUUAUGUUAAACAUGUAAACAGAGAGAGUGAUAAUGGUAAUUCAGAGAAUUUGUUUACCUCCAAAACGUUUCAAGACACUUAUAAGCAAACAUACAUAAAUAAUGAUUAUUACAAAAAUAUAUUAAAUAAAAAUAUAUGUUUCUUUUUCGAUAAUAAUAUACAAGAUAUUUAUUUAAAAAAAUAUUAUGAUGAAUUGUUUAAUGAAAAAUCAAAUGAAGAUGAAAAUAUAAAAAAUGAACAUAUUUUAUUCAAAAGAAUUGACAAAAAAGAAGAAAACAUUGGAAUUUUUAUUUUAUUAAACUGUCAAUGGUUAUCUGAUUCUUUUGUUAAUAACGUUAAUCAAAUAGAAACAAAAUAUGCUGAUAUUUAUUCUUUUAAAAAUUAUCUCAAUACAUGUGAAGAAGUUUAUAAUUGGAAACAUAAAAAGAAUUUUAUUAAAGAUUGUGCUGAAAUUUCAAAAAAAUUUCCAAGAAUUGUUGGUGUUCAUUAUGAUUCUUAUGCAACUGCAUGGGUUGUUAAUUGCUCAUUUAAUAAAAAAAGACAUGAUAAAAAGUUUUCUGUAAAAACAUUUGGAUUUUUACAAGCAAGAAAGCUAGCUAUUGAAUACAGGGAAAGGUGGAUACAAUUAAAGGCUUUCCAUCGUCUAAAUAAUUUAAAAAAAAAAACAGAAAAAUUAUAA